AUGCUAUGGGUCACAUCGGCAGAUUUCUGGGCCUCUCCUUCGGCAACUGUCUUAAGGAUUACCUUGCUCUUUUUUAGUGUGUGGAGAAUAGGGGUCGUCUGUUGGACCCUAACCGAUCCUCUCAGAAAAGAACCCCAAGGGGUAGAAGAAGAAAAGCUUAGAAGCCCAAUUCUAUCAGCUCAGAAAUCAUUCCAGCUAUCUCAGAUGAUUCAGAGCUCAAGAGAAAGCGAGGAAGUGAAGUUGUCCCAUGAAGAUAAUCUCAUGGAACGUUCGGGGUUGGGGUCCAAACAAAAAAGGAGACUUAUUAAGUCUUCCUGCAGUAGAAACAACCCCCACAUUAUUUGCCUCCAGGAAACCAAGAUGAAAGGGAUGGAUUCUCAGCUCAUGAGUUCUAUAUGGAAAGCCUCUGAUGCUAGUUGGGUGAUUAAAGAAGCUUCGGGCAGCUUAGGUGGUAUUCUUAUAGCCUGGAGAGUUUCUCAUUGGCCCCUCCUUAACAGCUCUGUGGGAUCUUUCUCUAUUUCUGCUACUCUCAGGAAUAGCGUCUCGAGUAAGGAUUAUCUCAUUUGUUCGGUAUAUGGGCCCACCAAUUUCUCUCUGAGGAGCGCGUUCUGGAAAGAACUAUCCUCUAUCUGUCAGAGCUUCAAUGGUCCUAUCUGCUUCGCCGGAGAUUUCAACUCUAUCAGGUUUUUGACAGAAAAAUCUUCGGGGAAUUCUUCUAAAUCCCAGAUGGCCGCUUUCUUAGAUUGGAUCGACAGUAACAGCCUGUUCGAUCUUCCCCUCCUAGGCUCCCGUUUCACCUGGACUAACGGGAGACUAGACCCUAUCUUAUGUAGAUUGGAUCGCUUUAUUAUAUCUGCUGAAUGGCUGAAUCUCGUACCUACCUCCUCUCAGUCAAUUCUUCCCAAGACUACUUCUGAUCACUGGCCUCUGAUCUUAUCGACAGAGGAGGUAGACUGGGGUCCGAAGCCGUUUCGUUUUAAUAUUGCUUGGCUCCAUAUGACAGGUUUUAAAUCGAUGAUCGCUGAUUGGUGGCAUGAAGCUCAGUUCCAGGGCUAUGCGGGUCAUCGACUUUGUUGUAAAUUAAAGUUUUUAAAAGACAAACUCAAGCAGUGGUCUAAAGAGGAAAAGAUCCAUUCGAUCCAGGAGCUAGAUUCGAUCCUUAGGGAUAUUCAGAAGAUCGACACUCAAGCCGAAAGCAGUCCUAUGUCUUCUCACACUCUAGCGAACAGAAUUCAAUUAGUUCAAGCCCUCUCUGACAAAAUCUAUCAGGAGGAAAUCUCUUGGAAACAGAAAGCUCGUAUGAAAUGGACCAAGGAAGGUGAUAGGAACACGAGCUAUUUCCACAACAUUGCCUCAGUCCAAGAUCAGGUCAACCGCAUCACCUGCAUUUCUUCAGAUGGUGUUUGGACAGACGAUAGCGAUACGAUCAGCACAUCUGCUGUUUCUUUCUUUCAAUGCCUCCUCCAAAAAGAGAAUUGGUCCAGACCUCGUUUGGAUAAUCUUUAG